GGCAGCACACAAUCCGCUCAAGCACACGCACCAUCUCCGAGAGACACACACGAUUCAAGACUGCUGAAAAACCGAGAGGAGGGAGAGGGAUUCGUACUGUUGCUGACUCCGAAUAAAACAUUACGUCCUCUAACCAAACAGCAGCAGAUGAGGGAGUGGCAGAUUUCCAGACCAGCAAGAUAUUCCUACGGGCCAAAAGCGAUGUCACUUAUAAAAACCAGGAAGUCUGAAGAUCUCAGAACAGAUCCCUGAGGCACACCACUGAUCUCCGACCUCCAUGCAGAUUAUGACCUGUCUACAGCCACGAUGAACAACCACUUCUAUGGGCAAGCCAGUUCUGGAUACACAAACUCACAGACUCAGAGAUUCUUUGACAGGAUGGACGGCAGAGAGACUUACAUGAAUGUGAAGUUCACCAGAACGGACUCACAGUUUCCUUCCCCAGCUGAACCUGAUGUAACGUACGCGGAACUUAAUGUCAAGACCCUCUCGGCGGCCCAGGACCGUACAGGUGGAGACGGUCUGAACUCCACCUACUCAGAGUUGAAAUUUCGGAAAGAGGAACCCCGCAUCGAUGAGGCCGAAGAUCCUCCCAUUUCCUCGGGACCCGGCGGGCUGACAGCCACUGCACAAACAGGUUUGCAGAAACAGGAGCCGAAACAGAACAUCGAAAAUAGACCGGACCGUAGGAUCUGCCAACUCUGCCUAGUUACGUUCGCCCUCGUCGCGAUAGUGGCCGGACUCUCGAUCUAUGUAUCACAGACUCUUCAUUUUCUGAUAACCUCCGAGCGAAACUACCAGAGACUUUGGGAACAACAUCACGAGAUGAACCGGACCCAGCUCCAAUAUCAACAGCAAGUCUACAAGUUGAACUCAACCCUUAAAUCCAGGACAUCCGAGAACACCCGCCUGGAUCUCUCCCAGAGAAACUGUCAGAAGAAUCGUUCCGCCCUCAGCAACAACCUCACUAUCCUCGAAAACAACAUUACUACCCUCAACUCGGAUCUCUCGGAGCUGAAUCGAAAGCACAGCGAGCUCUGUCAUCAGUUCAAUCAGCUCGAAAUGAAGUACAGAAACAUCAACGAAAACAAAGCUCAGAUUUGCCAAUACCUUACCAGGAGAAGAGAGAUAAAAUGUCCCCAUAACUGGAUCAAAAAAGAGGACCGGUGUUAUUUCAUAUCCGAGAUUUUAAAAUCCUAUAACGGAGCGAUGGGACAUUGUUCAGAACACGAUUCGAGGCUCCUCGAAAUAGAUUCAGACGAGGAAAAGAAGUUUGUUUCCAGCGCUGUCUAUCGAUACGUAACAUACUGGAUUGGAAAAUGCGCAGACAGGAAUGUGGCCUCUGAUCUUCUGUACGAGUUGAAUUAUGGAUCGCCCACCUGCCGUAAGUGCGAAUCGGACGGAUGGAGUUACAUUUCCAGUUACAGUUGCAAACGUAAUUACAGAUUCAUCUGUGAGAAGUCGGCACCUUUUUACCCGGAUAUUCCUGAAGAGAUCCGAGGUCUCUGUCAACAACCCGUGGGGCCGACUUCAAUCAAAUGACUUCACCCCACUUCUCCGCAUUCAAUCAACCUCACCCUAUCUCCCCCAACCAUUCAUUCUCACCCACACUCUCUUCAGCUCCUUCGUACUCCAGUCUCCUUCUCUACUCGCAUCCCCAUUCUCCCCUACUCUCCCUCUCCCCACCUAGACCAGUCUUCUCCCCACCCUGCCCCGAACUACCCUGCUCCCUCCAUUUACUCCUCCUUCCUACUCACUCCUCUUCUCACUCUGCCCUUCUUCUCACCAACUCAUUCCGCUUCUCCACAUCUCUCUCUCUCUCUCUCUCUCUCUCUCUCUCUCUCUCUCUCUCUCUCUCUCUCUCUCUCUCUCACCCCAUUCCCUGCCUCUCUCCUCACCGUUUUCACCCACUCUCAUCUCAAUUCUGUGCAUAUGAGCUUUCGAUACCCCAACCCAGGGGGAAAAAAAACUGUGCACAUUCACCCUAUCUGUGCCUCCCCUGGCUUUAUACCUACGCUCCAAAGAACAAAGUCCCAUCCUGCUUGCCUUCCCACCAUAACUCAGACCCUCGAGAACCGGAAACAUCCUCGUAAAUCUCCCUCUACACUCUUUCCAGCUCAGUGGCAUCUUUCCUACAGCAGGGAGACCAGAUCUGAACACCGCCCUCCAAGCGCAGCCUCACCGACCUUUUCUGCAACUACAACGUGACUUCAGUGCGGUGCAAUGAUGUAAAAUUAACGUAAAUCU